UGCUGCUGCAAAAGCUGAUUUUCAUGACAUUUAUACCGUGUGAUGUUCGCCUGUGACAAAAUAAAUCUGAGCUUGACACAGUCCCGCGAGGUCCCAAAUAAACAGAAUGCCUGCGUGUGCGACCGAAGUCGCGAAAUCCCAAGUCAUCAUCAAUUUGCGUCCAGUGCUAUUCUGCGUCAUCUUUGGCUGACGGUGCGUUGCUGUGUGUCAAGUUUCCUGUAGUGGUUUUUGGACUCAGAAAGCAUGAGUGAUGGAUCUGGCUUGGGGUCGAAGUUUGUGGGGGUUGCCCAUAACGUAUGGGAGAAGGUGUGUGAGAAGGUUAAAAGGGCGGUGGUGUUCAUAGACUCGGGAUGCGCUGAGAGCUUACACUGGGUCGGCGGCAUAAGUAAAUUGCUCCAGGCCGGCGCCCUCAACGUUAAAGAAUUCAGCUCCUUCGAAGCUGGCGUCCCGGAGCAAGCCAAAGCGGUUUUCGUGGUGAGCACUUUGUUAAAGGGGCGCACAGCUGAUGUCAUCCGUGAUAUUGUCACCCUAAGCUCCUUCCAGUACUGUGUGGUGAUCACCGCAGUCAGCCACUCUGUCCACCUGCUUGCCAAUAAUGUGACUGCCGAACUCGAGCAGGAGCUGGUCUUCGAGCAAUUCGGGGAGUUGUUGUGUCAGUGGAUGGGUAAUAUGAACUAUACAGGGGAGGUCAUGCACCUGCCUAUAUUACUGGCGCCUCUUGCUCCCCACCUGUUCAUCACUGCACCCUAUUCAUCCUUUUUCUCUUUUGUGCCUCAAGACCUGAAACUGCUCAAUAACACCCGGCCUGACAAAAAGAAAUUUGGAAGCCUGAAUGACGUUGAUUAUCAUUCUUUGCCUUUUGAACUUCAAAUUCAAAUCAAGUCAUUAGUUUCGUCCUUGAACUCUAUAUUUGAGCUGGUACAGCUCAAAGAGGAAUGUUUUGCAGUUGGCCCUACCAGUAGAUUAAUUGCAGGAGAACUUGCUAAUUAUCCACUGGCAAAACAGAGGAGAAAAAAUGCUCAGCAUAAAGCAUCUAUUGUCUUUAUGGAUCGAACACUUGAUCUUUCAGGUGCUGUUGCGCAUCAUGGCGAUACUCUAGUUGAGAAGAUUCUUCACAUGCUGCCCAAGUUUCCUGGGCUCACCAACGAUGUAAAGGUUAACAUGGCGGACCUAACAGCUGUCCAAAGUAAUGAAGAAACUCAAAAUAUGAUAGCGCCAGGAUGCUUAUCUCAACCGAAUGACCCUUCAGCCAAAGCUCUGUGGGAGUCCAUGUUAAACAUGAAACAUAAAGAGGCUGUGAUGGAAGUGCGGAGGCACCUAGUGGAGGCUGCUAGCAAGGAGAAUCUCCCUAUUAAGAUGAACUUGGGUAGAGUCACACCUGAACAACUCAAUUCGUUUGUGCAGUUAUUCAAGAACAAUGUGAAAGCUUUGGAAAAUCACUGUGGGCUCUUGCAACUUACCAUGGCAACAGUGCAGACUUUGGGACAUGCUUCCUACUCAAAAUGGGACAACUUUCUUGCUUUUGAAAGGCUGCUUUUGCAGACCUUGGAGCAUUCCGAUUUGUCAUGUGUUUUAACCCAACUUCUGUCCUUAAUCAAGUCCCAUGAGAAAAGGGACCCCUCUGAUUUCAACCUGGAAGAAGUUCUUGUUCUGUUGGUUUUCAUCUACUCUGUGGUAGGAGAACACAAGUUGGACAGCACAACGGAUAAAGCUGAAUGCGAGGUCAAAAAAGCCUUGUUGUGGUCAUUGUGUGCUGAACCUAAUUUACCUCAAGCACUCCAGGAAAUGACAGGUUGUUCUUCAUCAGCUGAAUUAACAUCUGACAUAGCCACUGACGUUGUGGAGCAAGUGUUUGAGACACUUCGGGGCAUAGCAAGAGCACGGGCACACAUGAAACAGUUCAAGACUUUACACAUUCCCGGUGGUAAUACCCAUCAGGCAACGUACAAACCUUUGGUGAAGCAAAUUUUGGAGGAAAUAUUUCAUCCAGACCGAACUGACACUGUGGAUAUUGAAUACAUGUCUGGUGGUUUAACUGAACUGCUGAAAACUGGAUUCAGUAUGUUCAUGAAGGUGAGCCGGCCCCAUCCCAGUGACCAUCCCUUACUAAUGGUGUUCCUUUUGGGUGGAGUCACAAUCUCAGAAGUACGAAUGAUAAGAGACCUCGUCUCAACAUACAAACCCAACUCUCAGGUGAUUGUGCUGUCCACUCGCCUACUAACACCACUUGAUGUGACUCAGCUCAUCUUUGCAAAUAACAGACUACAUCCAGAUAUUGGAGUGUAACAAAUGCAGUGUUGCUAGCCAUAAAUUUUCAACUGUUCUGCAAACUCAGAAAUCCAAGACAUCUACCUGAAUAUAUGAAAAUAAAUGGAUAUGCUGCAAAUUGCCUCCAUGCCCUUUUGUGAUAAGGGAUGACACAACAAGUCAAGUAACCUGUCUGACAUUCAAAUGAGCCAUGUAAAUAACCGUUUUUUCAUUUUUAUCAAGGCUGUGGGACUUGGCUUUCAAAGCAGUUUUUUCCAGAAUAUAUUUUUACCCUAGCUUGAAGAGUUUAGAAUUUUAUAUACACACGGUACUAGUGCUUUGAAAUAAAAACAUCAGUAUUAGAAUAAACAUACCAGGAUUUCUAGAUUACUGUUGUGCUUAGUGAAAGGAUGGUAUUCCACUCCUGAAAUCUCUGGUCAACUUCUACUUGUCUACAUGUUCAUUGUACUAACUGGGUAAGAGGCAGAGUUUGUAUUAAAUA